AUGGAGGGCAAGAAAACCCAAGGUCGAAAGAAGAUUGAAAUAAAGAUGAUCAAGAAUGAAAAUGCAAGAAGGAUCACCUUCUCCAAGCAUCAAACUGGGCUAUUCAAGAAGGCAAAAAUCACCAUUAUUGUCUUCUCCUUUGGAGGCAAGGCCUUCUCUUUCGGCCAUCCAAGUGUUGGUUCUGUAAUUAACUGGUUUCUUAGUGAAAACCACCACCCAACUGCGCAGACCUCUAGGCAUCUCGGGACUCGCCAUGAGGCUAGACUUUAA